UAUACAAUGCUUCCUAACGACCAUUGAAUCAGCAGAAAAUAGUUUUCAGUUAUAAAGGCUGGUUCGAAUCGGCAAUAGGCCAUCGCAGAGAAAGUAAAAAAGAUCAAUAGAAAAUGGCGGCCUCUUCGCCAGUCCCAAGCAACAACAGCACAGACACCACCACCACCGCAGGCGGAAUCACCUCAACCGCCGCUUCUUCACAGCGUUCUGACACACCGAAGCAGAACCUUCGUGGCCUCAAUAAGCCCAAGUGUUCCAAGUGCGGCAACGUCGCUCGUUCCAGGUGCCCAUACCAGUCAUGCAAAAGCUGCUGUGCAAAAGCUCAAAAUCCAUGUCAUAUACACGUUCUGAAAGCAAAUGCAACUUUUCCAGACAAGGCACCAUCAUCAAGCUCACCUUUGUUCAACCAGCAGUCUACGGAGGUGUCUUCGACGAGUUCUGGACUUGGUUUUAGGGCUUCACUGAGAGCCUCUUCAAUUCGUCAACUUUCCAACAAUUUACAAUUCAAUGGAGCCCAAGUUCAACUCCGUUCAAGGAGGCCGCUGACUAGAAAGGAUGCUGCAGCUAUUAAUCAGUGGAGGUUUUCCAAGCUGAAGGAGUACAAGGAACGAAACAUUGAAGCGGAAAAUGAAGCUUUCGACAGAUACAUGCAGAAUGUUGGAUUAUUGGAGGAAGUCUUCUCUUUAGGUUCUGCCGGGGAAGAAGCAACUGCAGAUAUGUUGCUUGCAUUGGAACCAACCUUUAGUUUUGGGGAAGAAGACACCCAGAGAAUGAUCUCAGGGUUAAAAACGAGGUUAAAUUCAAAUCAAGGAAGAAAAAAUGCCUUCAGACAGAAAAUAGGAGAACUCGUUGAUGGGGGAUUGAAGAAGUUGCUGAUGUCAGAGUGCAGUUAUGAGGGUGGACAGGCCAGUGCUGAUGAUGUGGAUGACCAAAAAGAACAUAAGAGGCCAAAGAGAACAAUAGAUUGGCAAGCUGAAAGAGCUUCAGAAGUAAAUGACCUUAUUGAUAAAUUGAACAAAGCUCGAAAUGAGGAUGAUCUGAACUCCUGUUUGGUGAUGAAGUCCAAGUUGUUUAAUCAGCCUGAGAAAGCAGACCCAACACAAAGGAAGGAGGUUGAGAUAUCCAAGGAUGAAAAUGAUGUAGAUAUUCCUGCACCCAAACAAGUAUUAGAUAAUUCUCUGCCUAGAUCGUAUAAAGAGGCUGAAAUUAAUCAAGAAGCUUUAUGUAGUAUUGACAUGCAAUUUUCUUCCCUUGAUCAAAUAGUGGGUCUUUGAUAUUGAGGUGGGGAUCCAAGUUUACAACCUAAAAGUUUCAUAGAGAUGGCCAGCUAGCUGGGAAGAUGUAUUAUUAACCUAUAGGCUGCUUUGAGCUUUGACUGGUGUAUCAAGAGGAUCAGAAAGUUUUGUAGGUCUCAGACAAAUAGGUUACUUAACGGUCAUGCUGUGAUGUUGUGGACCUAGUGUAUUUAUGUUCGCAGAAAUCUCAGAUUUGAAUAUGAGAUGCUCCUGGCUUUUGAGUUAUUCUUGUAAAAUCUUCUUCCUAGCUAACUGCCAUUUUUGCUAAGAUGUCUAGCAUUUGCAUCCAAAUUCCAAAUGUAAAUUUUGUUCCUUUUGUACAUAGAUUGGAAUACCCUUUGCUUCA